CAUAAAUCUCUGUUUUAGUUAGUCUCGUUCUCUCUUUACUCUCACUGGAUUCGUUCACCGGUUUGAACUUUGUAAUAAAGUCGAUCUCUGGGUUUGUUGAUGGAGACGCAGAAGAAGAUGGAGGGGUGGAAAAUGAGCAUUGCUACUCUGAGUGAAGAAGUCCUGAACAGGCUGGCGAAGAUGUUGGACAACUCCACCUGCGGGUGGAGGCAGCUGGCCAAUUCGUUGUCCGAGCAUCCGGAAUUCCACUGCAGUGAAAGAGAGCUGACCAGCUGCUCACUGCAGGUGCUGAGCGCUGCUGGCAGCCCAGGACGCACCCUCCUCGCUUGGCUGGCUGAUCGUUCCUGCUCCCUGGACUUCCUGCUCCACUGCCUGAGGAAGGUGGACCACCAGGAAGCUGUGCAGUACAUUACCACCACAGUGGCACAGCCAAUUCGGAUUACAAUGCAACCACAGUCCCAGCAGGCCACAGUGGGGGGCAGGGUGGUACUGACCUGCAGAGUUGCUGGCCCCCCUGGGCUCAGCUACCAGUGGUUCAGAGGCAAAGAGGAGAUUUUGGACAAGACAGGGUGUAUGCCAGAGCUGGUUCUGUGUCCGUUAGCCCCGGUCCACCAGGGUCACUACAUCUGUCGGGUCAACCAUGGAGAAAACUGCAUCUUCUCUCAGUGGGCUCAAGUUCGCCCGGUUCACUCUAGUCCAGGCUGCAGCAGCGGCCUGUUUCCAGGGUCAGCGAGUGGGCUGCUUAUCGUCCAGCAGCCUGAGUCCCAGGAAGUGUCUGAGGGUGAUUCUCUGUUCCUUGAGUGCAAAGCAGAGGCCAACCCCCCCGCCCAGUAUGAGUGGUACCACAACACAGUGCCCAUGCCACAACACAAGACGCGUUCACUCAAAAUCCCCUGUGUGACCACAGCACACAGAGGACAGUACAAAUGUAAGAUGUUCAAUUUCUAUCAUGAGGCCUGGAGCCACACAGCAACAGUCACCAUUGGUCCCGGUUCCAUUACUGAGGCAUCCUGGGAAGAAAUUGAUCGUGGUACAGACUCACAGGAAGUCCACAGGUCAACUUUUCCACCAGGAAUAAAUCCGCUACCAAAGAUUGUCGAACGGCCACCAUUAGCCAAGCAUUUCUAUGCAACAGGCAAAGUUGCUCUGCUGAUUGGCAACAUGAACUACCUCUACCACACUCAGCUAUGUGCUCCCAUCGCUGACGUCCAUGAGUUGACCAAUCUCCUCAGACAAAUGGACUUCAAGGUGGUUUCUCUGCUCGACCUCAACUGGCAGGAGAUGCACAGCGCAGUAACAGAGUUCCUUAUGCUGCUUGACAAGGGAGUCUACGGCUUGCUAUACUUUGCUGGUCAUGGUUAUGAGAAUUACGGCAACAGUUUCAUGGUUCCCAUCGAUGCACCAAACUCCUACACAUCAGAGCACUGCCUGUGUGUACAGAAUAUACUCACCAGGAUGCAGGAGAAAGAGACCGGACUCAACGUAUUCCUGCUGGACAUGUGUCGCAAAAGAAACCCAAAUGAUGAUCUCAUUGUACAACCAGGACUGCUGAAAGUCACAGCAAAUAUAGUGUAUGGUUAUGCCACAUGCGUAGAUGCAGAGGCAUAUGAAGUAAAGAGAGAAGACGUGUCCAAUGGCAUCUUCAUAAACUUCCUCAAACAGCGGGUUUGUGAGGAUGAGAAGGUGACAGUCAUGCUAGACAGAGUGGCUGAAGACAUGGGCCGUUGUGUAAUCACACGCGGGAGGCAGGCUCUGGAGCUCCGCAGUAAUCUGUCUGAACGACGCUCCCUCACCGACCAGAUACAGGCCGCUGAAUGUUCUGCAUCCUAUUCAGCUCGCAACCUGCAGUGGGCCGUCGCUCACGUCCUACCUAAGAGCCAUUACCUGAAGUUUGACUGUGGCGUGACAGUUCAGCUUGGGUUUGCUGCAGAGUUCUCCAACAUCAUGGUCAUCUACACUCGGAUACUUGAGAAGCCCAAAGAAAUUGUUUCCUGCUCUGCUCAGCUUACUGACUUCCCCCAGGAUGUGGACAUCGAUCUGAAGAAGAGUAACCAGGAGACUCUGCUUGAAGCUGGCAGUUUAUUAUUGAUCAAGGAAAAUCUUCCUUCACCAGAGGUCCCCAGUCUUUACACUCGCAUCCGCAGCCUGCAGAGACUCAGGGGGGAGCUCACAUUCACCGUCUGUCUUCAUUACACAUAUUCCAACAUGGAUGAAGAAGUACAGGAAAGGCAACCAGUGACAGUUGGCAAACCACUGGUCUCCAAACUCAACCUCCAUGAACCACGGCCACCGCGUGCCUGCUCUGCAUCCUCAUCCCUCAGCCCCGACCCCUUCAACCUUGCUGAGUGCUCCUACUUUGGCGAGGGCUUCACCUCUGUCGAGUCAGCCUCAAACACAUCGUUAUAUGAUGCACAAACUGGCAGAGAGUCUUCCAUUACUCCGACUGCAUCCAGGAGUGCCAAUAUACCAGAGGAGACUGACAGUCCUGAAGUAUUUGACACCACUAAAUCUAUUGUUGCCAGCAAAAGCUUGCCCCACAGCCAAAUAAAUGACACAAACUACAAAUUUAGUGACAUGUACAAUUUUCACUCUUACUAGGCAUUAUGAUCCCUGAUUUGACCAUUAUGGUCUGAUAACUCAGAGUACACG